AUGUCUGAUGUUCCCAGGCUGAGCUAGGCAGCCCCUCUCUGCACAGGAGUCUUUCUUCCCAUUGAAAGAGAGAGUUUACUUAAGGCUCAGAGGAGACAUGGGGGCGGAUGGUUUGGCCUGUGGGUGGGAUUAUUUUCUUGUGCCUUUUUUGAGUUUCUUCAGAUUAUAAUUGUUCAGUAACUUUAUAUCUCAGUCACUUGGAUUCAGCACAAAGGAGGACUUACAAUGUUCCAGCCAAAGCCUCUCUUGCUGCGUCAGGUGCCAUUCCACUUCGACUCUCUGGGAAGGAUUGCGGAGCUGAUCCAGGGAGAAAGAGGAGUUUGCCCUGAUUAACCUUGUUCAGAGACUUACCUGGUAACACUUGGACAGAUGGCUCCGGAAUCACCAGCUUCUUAGUAUGAGCAAAGAUCACAGGAGAUGGGGAUCCAGCCAGCAAGGGCUGAGCUGAUGUCUGAGUUGUCCUGUUCCCAAAGCAGUAUCUGGCUGGCUGGUGCCUUUAAAUAUUCCUUGCCAUGGAGACAUUAAGGGAAUCUGUUCUACAUUUGACAUUUCAGAUGUCCACCUACAGGCGGGCAACGCUGGAUGAGGAAGAUCUGGUAGACUCGAUCGGGGAAGGAGAGGUUUACCCUAAUGGAAUCCAGGUAAAUUUCCGUGGCUCUGGGAACAGGAGGAGUUGCUGGACAGAACGCACUCACAUUGAGAAGCGUCUCCUGGUCCUGAUCGUGGUUCUGGCACUCGGCCUCUUGGCCUGUGUCUUAGCCCUGGGAUUCCAGUACAGAGAUAGGCCAUCCAAGUUGUGUCUGACGGAAGCCUGCAUCUCCGUGACCAGCUCCAUCCUGAGCUCUCUGGACCGGUCAGUGAGCCCCUGCGAGGAUUUCUUCAAAUAUGCCUGUGGUGGGUGGAUGAAGGGAAACCCCAUGCCCGAUGGCCGUUCACGCUGGGGCACCUUCAACAACCUCUGGGAGCACAACCAGGCUAUCAUGAAGCACCUUCUAGAAAACACCACAUCAAACGUGUCCAGCGAGGCCGAGCGCAAGGCCCAGCGCUAUUACCAGUCCUGCAUGAACGAGACCAAGAUCGAGGAGCUGAAGGCCAAACCACUGAUGGAGCUGAUUGAGAAGCUCGGUGGCUGGAAUAUCACGGGUCCCUGGGACAAAGAUAACUUCAACAAGACCCUGCAGGAGGUCAUGGCGUACUACCACACCUCGCCCUUCUUCUCUGUCUACGUGAGCGCUGACUCCAAGAACUCCAAUAGCAACGUCAUCCAGGUAGACCAGUCGGGACUCGGGUUACCUUCCAGAGAUUACUACCUGAACAAAACGGAGAAUGAGAAGGUACUUACUGGAUACCUGAAUUACAUGGUGCAGCUGGGCAUGCUCCUGGGAGGGGCAGAUGAGGAGGCCACCCGGCAGCAGAUGCAGCAGAUCUUGGACUUUGAGACGGCGCUAGCCAACAUCACUAUCCCUCAGGAGAAGCGCAGGGAUGAGGAAGUGAUCUACCACAAAGUGACAGCCGGAGAGCUCAAGAACCUGGCGCCAGCUAUCAAUUGGAUGCCUUUCCUCUCCACUGUGUUCUUCCCGGUGGAGCUCAAUGAAUCCGAGCCAGUGGUUGUCUAUGCCAAAGAGUACUUGGAGCAAGUCUCCAGCCUCAUCCAAGCCACGGACAGAUGCCUCCUGAACAGCUACAUGAUCUGGAACCUGGUGAGGAAAACCAGCUCCUUCCUGGACCAGCGCUUCCAGGAAGCAGAGGAGAAAUUAAUGGAAAUCAUGUAUGGGACCAAGAAGACCUGUCUGCCACGCUGGAAGUUCUGCAUCAGCGACACCGACAACAGCCUGGGCUUUGCGCUGGGAGCCAUGUUUGUUAAAGCCACUUUUGCAGAGGACAGCAAGAAAAUAGCUGAGGAAAUGAUUACAGAAAUUAAAACUGCCUUUGAGGAAAGCCUGGCCACUCUGCAGUGGAUGGAUGAAGAGACGAGGAAAUCUGCCAAGGAGAAGGCUAAUGCAAUCUAUGACUUGAUCGGCUACCCCAAGUUUAUCCUGGAUCCCAAGGAGCUUGACAAGGUGUUUCAUGAUUAUGAAGCUGUCUCCAGUCUGUACUUCGAGAACGUCAUGCAAUUUUAUAACUUCUCUGCCCGAGUGGCUGCUGACCAACUCCGGAAACCUCCAAAUCGGGACCAGUGGAGUAUGACCCCUCCAACAGUGAACGCCUACUAUUCCCCCACCAAGAACGAGAUCGUGUUCCCAGCCGGGAUCCUGCAGGCUCCUUUUUACACCCGCACUUCCCCCAAGGCACUGAACUUUGGCGGCAUUGGCGUCGUCGUGGGCCAUGAGCUGACUCAUGCCUUUGAUGACCAAGGGCGGGAGUAUGAUAAAGAUGGGAAUCUACGCCCUUGGUGGAAGAACUCCUCAGUGGAGGCCUUCAAGCAGCAGACUGAGUGCAUAGUGGAACAGUACAGCAACUACACCGUGAACGGCGAAGCAGUGAAUGGCAAACACACUCUGGGAGAGAACAUUGCUGACAAUGGGGGCCUCAAAGCUGCGUAUCGGGCUUAUCAAAAUUGGGUGAAGAAGAAUGGGAAUGAGGAGGCUUUGCCAACGCUUGGCCUCUCCAACAACCAGCUCUUCUUUGUGGGAUUCGCCCAGGUCUGGUGUUCAGUUCGCACCCCAGAGAGCUCCCACGAAGGACUCAUCACUGACCCCCACAGUCCAUCGCGUUUCCGAGUCAUUGGUACUGUCUCCAAUUCCAAAGAGUUCUCUGAGCACUUCCACUGUCCUCCUGGCUCCCCUAUGAACCCCCAGAAAAAGUGUGAAGUUUGGUGAAAGGAAAAGGACCAGGAAAUAGUGGAAACUAACUUUUGGCUUAUUGUUCCUUCUUCAAGAAUUGAAUUUCCCAGGCUCUCUGCUCAAAGGGCAGUUUCUUCUUUCAACGAACUGUAAAACUCUCAGCAGGAACAGAUCCCUGAGCCCUAGGUAUCAUCUGAGAUUCGAUCCACUGUGAAAACCUUUUUUAAUCUCACUCACUUGUGAAAUGUCUUUUUUUUAAACCUUGCAUAAGGUAUGUGUACAUAUGCAUGUGUCUGCACUGACCCAUAUUUACACAUACACAGUUAAGCCCCUGCCCUGUCACAGGCUUGAAGACUUUUUCUAAUUGAUAAAGGGAGACCCACAGAUAAAAGUGAUAACUGGUUUGACUGUGUAUCUAA